UGUAGAACUCAGGAAGCGAAGGCAAGUAGGGUAGCAUCCACUCGAGGCUUUGCUAGUUUGCUUUCCCAACACUCCUCAAAAAACACCAACCACUCCGACAAAAAACCUUUCAAAUAACACACUACACUACAAGAAAUUACACUUUCAGCAACACACUCACAAGAAUGGCCCCUCCAGAGGUAUCUGUCGACGUCUUCACGAAUACAGGAGGGAAGUUGUCGACGACACUGAAUCCCGGGUACUCGAAAAGAGCCUACGUGACGUUUUUAGCCGGUACUGGCGACUACGUCAAGGGGGUGGUGGGGCUGGCGAAGGGUUUGAGGAAGGUGAAAAGCGCGUACCGGCUCGUGGUGGCGAUCUUGCCGGACGUGCCAGAGGAGCACAGGGAGAUCUUAAGGUCUCAGGGUUGUAUUGUUCAUGAGAUUGAGCCUAUUUACCCACCUGAGAACCAUGUUCAGUUUGCUAUGGCUUACUAUGUCAUCAACUACUCCAAACUACGUAUAUGGAAUUUCGAGGAGUACAGCAAGAUGGUGUACCUGGAUGCAGACAUUCAAGUUUUUGAAAACAUUGACCAUCUAUUCGACAUGGCCGACGGCUACUUCUACGCCGUCAUGGACUGUUUCUGUGAGAAGACAUGGAGUCACUCGGCCCAGUACUCGAUUGGAUACUGUCAGCAGUGCCCAGAGAAGGUGACAUGGCCGGCUGCGAUGGGUUCUCCUCCUCCUUUGUACUUCAAUGCUGGAAUGUUUGUUUAUGAGCCUAGCCGCUUGACUUAUGAGAGCCUCCUUCAGACUCUUAGGAUCACUCCUCCAACACCCUUUGCAGAGCAAGAUUUCCUGAACAUGUUCUUCCAACACAAGUACAAGCCCAUUCCUCCUAUCUACAACCUAGUUCUGGCAAUGCUGUGGCGCCACCGGGAGAACAUUGAGCUCGAAAAAGUUAAAGUCGUCCACUACUGUGCUGCUGGAUCAAAGCCAUGGAGGUACACUGGAAAAGAAGUUAACAUGGACAGAGAGGACAUCAAGAUGUUGGUUGCAAAAUGGUGGGAUGUUUAUAAUGAUGAAUCGCUUGAUUUCAAGGCCGAAGACCCUUCCCCAGAGGGAGAGACCUUCUUAAUGCCCUCAAUUAUGGCUUCCAUGCCCGAGCCUGAAAUUUCCUACAUCCCGGCACCUUCUGCUGCUUAAAAGCAGAAAAGCAGAGUCUCGAAGAGUGCUUCGAAGUUGGUGUGAUCUAUCCUAUUGUACUUUAAUACUUUUUUUAGGCUGCUUAGCCUCUUCUUUUUUGUGUGUGACCUCACAAAAUACAUCUAAAUUCUCAAUGUAUUUGAUGCUUUCAGUAUAAGUAAUUACCGGCAAAGGAAUGUGUAACUUUGGGUUGGAACUAUAAUGCAAAAAAUAAAAAUAAAAUAACUCUUUUUUUGUGUGUAA